GAGAUGGAGAUGAUGACUGAGAAACAGAGAGAUACUAGAUGCUGCUGGAACAAUACUCCUGAAAAAAGCGAUUAUGAGGCUGUAGAGGCCCUUAUUUCUAUGAGUUGCAACUGGAAAUCAGACUUAAAAAAACAUGCAGAAAUGAGACCUAUAACUCCAGCAUCUGAUAUGUCAGAAGAGAGUGAUGAGACUUUGCUUCCCGGAGUUGCGGAUUUUAAUGCAAUACCAGCAUUUUGCCUGACGCCUCCCUACAGCCCAUCUGACUUCGAGAUGUCACAUCAGGGGGCACCAGCGCCCGCUGCAGCGCUCAGCAAGUCACUGACGGAGGCUGCCAAGCUUUUGGCUGCACCUCGGAGAGAGGCAGAGAGGCCUCCAGCAGCCAGGCCUCUGAAAGCCCAAGCCACGAGUGUUAUCCGCCACACAGCUGAUGCCCAGCUUUGUAAUCGCAAAACCUGCCCGGUGAGAACAGCCAGUGUGCUGAAAUACCAGGACAGCGUUUCAAACAAACAGAACACCAAAGCAGAAGAUUUGGUGUGUUCUGCCGUGGCGCUGAGCAGAGCCAGCGAUGAGAGCAGUGAACUGCUGGUGGCUGAAGGAAAAAACGCAGAACCGGCUGUCGAUCCGGUGCCCAUGACCAAGCCUUCAGCCAGCAGGCAUCAGCCUGCCCCCGGCUCACUGCAGCAGUCAGCAGUCAUGGCACCGCCAUGCCCUGCCCAAGGUGGUGGAGCCCCCCCCAUGCCAGUGAUUUGCCAGAUGGUCCCUCUGCCCGCCAACAACAACGUCAUGACAGCCGUAGUGCCUAACGGCACGCCAAGCCAGCAGCCAGCUCUCUGUCAGCCCAUGGUCUUCAUGGGAACCCAAGUUCCCAAAGGCGCUGUGAUGUUUGUUGUGCCCCAGCCCGUUGUGCAGAGCACAAAGGCUCCCAUUGUUAGCCCGAAUGGCACGAGACUCUCUCCCAUUGCCCCGGCUCCCGGCUUCGUACCUUCUGCAGCAAAAACCACUCCUCCAGUCGAUUCUUCAAGAAUAAGAAGUCACAUUUGCAGCUACCCAGGGUGUGGGAAAACGUACUUCAAGAGCUCCCAUUUAAAAGCUCACAUAAGAACACACACAGGAGAAAAGCCAUUUAGUUGUAGUUGGAAAGGCUGUGAGAGAAGGUUUGCACGAUCUGAUGAACUGUCUCGCCAUCGCAGAACACAUACUGGGGAGAAGAAGUUUGCCUGCCCGAUGUGUGAGCGGCGGUUCAUGAGGAGCGACCACUUAACGAAGCAUGCACGUCGCCACUUAUCGGCUAAGAAGUUACCAAACUGGCAAAUGGAAGUGAGCAAAUUAAAUGAUAUCACCGAGCCGCCGACAUCUGCGACUGCGCAGUGA